UGGUCUGGAGCGUCUCAGCUUUGCCCAACGGCCGCUGGCCCACAGGUCCACCUUCCUGAGCUGGUGACUGGGAUCAGCACUGGAGGAUGAGGGACUCUGAGACGGACGGUGACACAGUCCACUUCUGCUCUGAUAGCCAGCGUGUGUCCCUGCACCCUCAAGGGAUGGGCUCCACCGCAGUGGCUCCUGCAGCCCCCAGGAAGCACAGGCUUAUUAAGGCUGCCCUGGCACUUGCGGCCAUGAGUGUGGUCUCCUGUCUUGUGGCUCUCUUUAUUGUGGUUCUACAGUCCCCAGGACCUGUGCUGGAGGCAGAUCCUUCCUUCCAGGAGUUUCGAGACGUGGUUCUGGGGGACAACAGUACUAGACAGCUACCCGUGGAACCCAACUAUCACCACCACUUGGGCAAGGUGGCAGAGGUGCGAGAGGCUAUCCGGAUGUUUAAAGACCACGUGGAGAAUUCCAGCUCCUGGCAUGUGGAAAUCCAGAUGUUGAAAUGCAGAGUGGACAAUGUCAGCUCUCAGAUCCAGAUGCUCAGCGACCAUCUGGGAAACACCAGUGUUGAUAUCCAGUCAGUAAAAGGCGCGUUACAAAAUACCAAGAACUCGAGUUUGCAGACCCAGAUGUUAAGGGGUUCCCUGGAGGGGGCCAACACUGAGAUCCAGAGGCUGAAAGGAAGUCUGGAAAAGGCAAAGGCUUUAACCUCCCAGACCCAGAGUCUCUUAAUAGCUAGUUCAGAAAACACCAGCAUUGAGCUCCACAUGUUAAGCAGAGGCUUAGAAAGCGCCAACACUGAAAUUCAGAUUUUGAAGGAAGGCUUGGAACUGGCCAAUGCCCAGGCUGGGUUGGCAAAUAGUAGUUUAAAGAAUGCUAAUGCCGAGAUCAGCAUUUUGAGGGCCCAUCUGGAUAGUAUCAGUGAUCUGAAAACCCAGAACCAGGUUUUAAGAAGUGGUUUGGAAGGAGCCAACGAGGCAGUGCAGAGGCUAGAGGGAAGUGUGCAGACGGCAAAUGCUUUAAACUCCCAGACGCAGGCCUUUCUAAACAGCAGUUUAGAAAACACCAGUGCUGAGAUUCGGUUAUUGAGAAGUCACUUGGAAAGGGCUGGGAAUGAGACUCACUUACUAAAAAGGGGUUUGGAAACCGUCACCACCCAGACCCAAACAGCAAACAACCGUCUGGACCAGACAGAUGCUCAGAUCCAAGUACUAAAAACAGAGCUGGAAAAUGCCAAAACCUUACAUUCCCAGGUUCAGGUGUUAGAUGAUUAUUUUAAAAAUGCUAGCAAAGAGAUACAGACCCUAAAACAAGGAAUGACGGAUGCUGCCGCCUUAAAUUCCCAAACGCGGAUGUUAGAGAGCAGUCUGCAGAAGGCCGAUGCUGAGAUCCAGAGGCUAAAAGAGGAUUUAGAGAACACCAAGACUCUAACUGCGAAAAUCCAGGAGGAGCUGAGUCACCUGGAGGGCCUCCAAGCAACUGUGACUGCACAAGAGCAGCAGCAAAGGACCCAAAAUCACCUCCUCCAGCUGAUCCUGCAAGGCUGGAAAGUCAACCAGGGAAACCUGUAUUACUUUUCUCAUGUCAAGAAGACUUGGAACGAGGCAGAGAGAUUUUGUGUGUCUUUGGGAGCUCAUCUGGCAUCGGUGACCUCCAAGGAGGAGCAGGCGUUUCUGAUCAAGUUCACAAGUGACCUUUACCACUGGAUCGGUCUCACGGACAGGGGCACGGAGGGCUCCUGGCGUUGGACAGACGGGACUCCGUAUAACCAGGCCCAGAGCAGACAGUUUUGGGAGAAGAAUCAGCCGGACAACUGGAGACACUCGAAUGGGCAGACCGAAGACUGUGUCCACACCCAGGAGAAGUGGAACGACAUAGAGUGCGGCUCGUCCUUGCACUGGGUCUGCAAGAAGCCCAUGGGUCAGGAUGUGGCCUGAGGACGGGCCAGAGCGGAGGGGUCACUCCAAGCCAGUGCCAGACCCUCCUGCUCUGUGACACCUGCAAGCUUUGAACUCGGCUUGUGCUCUGGGGCCUUCCUUGGCCUUUUGUGUUUCCCACCUUGUCCUUCUGUCUGACCCUCUCAUUCAGCUCUCCGCAUGUGAGCCGCUGGAUUCCGGGACCUCUGGGGAAGAGUCCUGUCGUGUCUGCCUCCCCUCGGCAACAGCACAGGCCUGCUGGUUGCCCAGUAAAGGCUCGCGGUGUGAAUGGGAGCUUUGCGCCUGCCUGCCCCUGUGAUGGCAGCCACCACACUGGCCUCUCCCUGGACUGACUCUCCUUCCCUCAAUGUCCCUCUGUCCUGAAGCAAGCAUACCUUCACUUAAGGGCAUGACGGCUAAUAACUUGUAGCCAGUUUGUUAAAGACAGCAGAAGGUUAACAUAAACUACAGGGACCAGGGACUUCAAAAGUGCUAUGAUGUCGCAGGGAGUCCUUGCCACACCUGUCUUUUUCCCUUGGGUUUCCUUUGGGUGUAGAUGGGGCUGGAGCUCGAUUUCCAGUCCUUUAAAGCACUCCAAAGACCAGUUUUUCUCUCUACCCUGUGGACUAGCCUUGUUUCAUCUUUAGACGGCUGUGUUUCAGAGCCACAUCUCUGGCUUCAGCCCCUUUCUACAGCCUCCGGUCAGCCUUGCAGGGAUUCAGUUUUCUGCCCGCUCCCUACUCACAGGAAGAAGAGAGGAGACUAGUAGUGACAGAGCUGGGCUGGGAGUGGGCAGGGGGUAAGAGGCUGGACGGGCGCAGCGACAGUGAGACAGGAAGAGCAAGUGCCAUGUUGCACCACACAGGCCCGUGAUUACAGGUAGCAACCACACACUGGAUACUUCAAAUAGCUACAAGAAAAGAUUCGGAAUGUUCUCAUGCAAAGAGAUGAUAAACUGGGGCCAGUGAGUGGAGUGGAGGUUAAGACGCUGGAUCCCACAUGCGUGGUAU